CGACGGAGAGGAGGAGCAGCAGGAGGAGGAGGAGCAGGAGGAGCUCGGAGAGGAGAACGAGCCGCUUCCUGUCAACUGUCACUUUGUUUGGGCGGCUGUUCCGUUGCUUUUCCGCAGCUCUGAGCUUGGCUGUGCGGCGCUGGGAGUGUUUUUCCGCGGGUUGUGUCCGGAGUAGCGGAUUCUGAGGAGUUUCCCCGCCGCGGUGUCUGACAGGCAGCAGUCCGGAUGCCUCACACAGAAGGAGGAGAUCAUGGAGCGUUGUCAAGACGUAGCUCGAGAUUAGUGACGAGUGGCUACUACCCUCACGAUGACGACGCUGCCAGCAACAGCUCUACUGGAUCCACAGGACAGAUCUCUUACAGGGAGAGCCCAGUCAGAGUCUUCAAGAAGAAGACAGGAAGCCGCAGGCCGGGCGGGUCUUCGCGCGCCUCGAGCCGCGCCAGUAGUGUUAGUGAGUUACAGAGCCCAUACAGUAUCCCACCUGUCAAAGCAGAUGAUGUCACAGGGACGGGCUUGGUCCUGAGCCAGAGGAGGGGUGUUGCUAUGCGGCCUAUGAGCAGCACGGUGACUCCUCCUCGCGUGGAGGCACCAGACUUCUCCUCAGGAUACUCCUCAUCAGAGGAGGGCUACUACAGGAGCAACCUGCCCAACAGCAGCUCAAGUUCCUCUCAGUCUCCCGCGGAGACAGGGUUUAGGCUCCGAGCGAUGCUGACCUCCCCAGCACAUGCUCUUUCAAUGCUGUAUUGGUGGUUGGGAACAGCCUGGUACAGUCUGACUUCUGGAAUCUCUCUUAUCAAUGUUUCUCUUCUCAGCAGUCGCUCUGCAGGUGUGAGGAAGACUAUCCUCCUCCUCCUCCUCCUCCUACUGCUGCUUUUUGGUAUAUGGUACUGGUAUCCUUAUGUUACUGCUAAGCUGUCUCGCAGUGCAACUCGAAGCCCUCUAGUUCCUCCAACUCACACACAUGCGCCUGUUCGACCCCCUCCAGAUGACAAGUUAGUCCAUGCCAGUCUGUUGGCUCUAAGGAAUGAAAUAUAUGCUGAUCUGCACGAACGUGAAGCCAAGUGGACAGAAAGCAGAGCCAGAGAAAUGGAGGACGUGCUGAGAGAGAUCAACUUGCUUAAACAAGACGGACAAAAGCAGAAGCUCAUACACGAGAUGCUGCAGACGGAUCUGAAGGACCUGAGAGUUCAACUGAAGACUGUUCACUCAGAGCAUGACAGCGUGAUUAAAGAGCACCUGACUGAAAUCGAUCAUCGGAUUUCUGAGCUGAGAUCCGAUAUGUCCCUCCUCCGGUCAUCUUCUGAACUCCUCACUGUCAGACUGGACGCCCAGGAAUCUCAGAAUGCCAAAUUGAAGGCUGAACUCUCUGAUUGGCUGCUGCAGCAGCUGUCUGAGUCAGAUAGCUCUAAGCAGGAUGUAGUGAUGCAUCCUGACCUGCAGAGGGCGCUGGAGGCCCUGGAGAAAAAGAUAAUGGACCGACUCAGACAAGAAAGGGAGAAGGAGAAGAGGGACAUGUGGAGAACUGUGGGAGAGACGCUGCAUGAAGAAGGAGCUGGAGCGGUCACCAUAAAGAGUGUGGAACAGAUCGUCCAUAGAGCACUGAGUCUCCACAGGGCUGACGGGGUCGGAAUGGCUGAUUAUGCGCUGGAGUCUUCAGGUGCUAGUGUGAUAAACACCCGUUGCUCGGAGACGUAUCACACCAGGACCGCAUGCCUCAGUCUGUUUGGAAUCCCCCUGUGGUAUCACUCCGAAAGCCCUCGCACCGUCACACAGCCUGAACUGUAUCCUGGUAAGUGCUGGGCCUUCCGUGGUUCUGAGGGCUUCCUGCUGAUCUCUCUGUCCUACCCGGUCCAAAUUACCCACGUCACCCUGGAGCACGUGCCGCGGGUCCUCUCGCCCACUGGAAACAUCAGCAGCGCCCCAAAAGACUUCGCUGUUUACGGAAUGACUGAUGAAAACGCGGAAGGAAAACUGCUCGGAACAUUCACUUAUGACGAAGAUGGAGAACCCAUCCAGACCUUCAAACUUCCGGACUCUCCGAGUGAGGUGUAUCGGGUUGUGGAGCUGCGGAUCCUCAGUAACUGGGGUCACCCGGAGUAUACCUGCAUCUACCGCUUCAGAGUGCAUGGACAGCCCUGGACCACCUGAGAGACAUACAGAAGGAAGAAUGGAGAGAAAUUUCAAUAAAAAGGACAAUUGUU